AAACUAUAUUUUAACACUCUUCUGUUUGUCUCUCUCUCCUUAAUAUAAUCUCUAUUCUUCUUCUUCUUCUUCUUCUUCUUCUUCUUCUCCAAUCUCCAUGGCCAUCUCUCUCUCCUAUUGAUCUGAUCCUCAACCUCAACCCUAAACUCCUCUCCCCUCUUCUCUCCGCACAAUCAAGGAACCCCUCCGACUGGUUGAUUCUCCUUAUUUACUGUUUCGGGUGGUGAGCGGUUGCUUUUCCAACCAUGCCUUCUCUGCAAUUAUUGCAGUUAACGGAGCAUGGUCGGGGAUUUUUGGCUUCAAGGAGGAAAACUUUAUUACUAGCUACUGGCAUUGUCUUUGCUGGUGGUGCUGCUGCUUAUGUGCAAUCAAGGUAUAGCUCUAGAAAACAUGAUUCUUUGGGUCACUACAAUGGUCUCCAAACGAAUUCAGAGGAUAAAGCUGUCAAGAGAAAUACUGAUAAAAAAGGGGGACUUAAGUCACUCAAAGUACUGGCUGCAAUUCUAUUGUCAAGAAUGGGUCACAUGGGUGCUAGAGAUCUUUUAUCUUUAGUUGCAAUAGUGGCGUUGCGUACUGCUUUGAGCAAUAGACUAGCAAAAGUUCAAGGGUUUCUAUUUCGUGCGGCUUUCCUUCGACGUGUGCCAUUAUUUUUUCGGCUGAUCUCUGAGAAUAUUUUGUUAUGUUUUCUUCUUUCAUCCAUGCAUUCUACUUCAAAGUAUAUAACAGGGACCUUAAGCCUGCGGUUCAGAAAUAUUUUGACAAAACUUAUCCAUUCUCAUUACUUUGAGAACAUGGCAUAUUACAAAUUAUCACAUGUAGAUGGCCGAAUAACAAAUCCAGAACAAAGAAUUGCUAGUGACGUACCGAGGUUUUGUUCAGAGUUGAGUGAAAUUGUACAAGAUGAUUUAAUUGCAGUCACUGAUGGUGUGCUUUAUACGUGGCGCUUGUGUUCGUAUGCAAGCCCAAAAUAUGUCUUUUGGAUUUUGGCAUAUGUACUAGGUGCAGGCACACUGAUAAGAAACUUCUCUCCUGCUUUUGGAAAAUUAAUGUCCAAAGAGCAACAGUUGGAAGGAGAAUAUCGACAGCUUCAUUCAAGGUUAAGGACCCAUGCAGAAAGUAUUGCAUUUUAUGGGGGAGAAAGUAGAGAAGAAUCUCACAUUAAGCAGAAAUUUCAAUCAUUAGUUAGGCAUAUGAGAGUAGUUCUUCAUGAACAUUGGUGGUUUGGAAUGAUUCAGGACUUUUUACUUAAGUAUCUUGGUGCUACUGUUGCCGUUAUCCUGAUUAUUGAGCCCUUCUUUGCGGGCGAUUUGAGGCCUGACACAUCAACAUUAGGGCGUGCAGAGAUGUUAAGCAAUCUUAGAUAUCACACUAGCGUUAUAAUUUCACUAUUCCAGUCUCUUGGAACACUUUCUAUAAGUGCAAGAAAACUUAAUCGUCUCAGUGGUUAUGCAGACCGUAUCCACGAGUUAUUGGCCAUUUCAAGGGAACUAAGUAUUGGUAAUGAUAAAUCUCUGACGAAAAUAUCUCAGAGUAGAAAUUACUUUAGUGAAGCUAACUUCAUUGAGUUUGAUGGUGUCAGGGUUGUUACUCCUACUGGCAAUACCUUGGUGGAUAAUUUGACACUUAAAGUUGAAACGGGAUCUAAUCUUCUUAUUACAGGUCCAAAUGGUAGUGGAAAGAGCUCACUGUUCCGAGUUCUAGGAGGUCUGUGGCCCCUAGUAUCUGGUCACAUAUCAAAACCUGGGGUUGGUUCUGAUCUCAAUAAAGAGAUAUUUUAUGUGCCACAAAGACCGUAUACAGCUGUAGGAACGCUUCGCGACCAGUUAAUUUAUCCUCUUACUGUGGAUGAGGAGGUUGAACCGCUCACUCGUGAUGGAAUGGUGGAGCUAUUAAGAAAUGUUGACCUAGAGUAUCUGUUAGAUCGUUAUCCACCUGAAGAGGAGAUAAAUUGGGGUGAUGAACUUUCACUCGGAGAGCAACAAAGAUUGGGGAUGGCCAGACUAUUCUAUCAUAAACCUAAAUUUGCAAUUCUUGAUGAGUGCACAAGUGCUGUCACAACUGAUAUGGAGGAACGCUUUUGUGCUAAGGUUAGAGCAAUGGGAACAUCAUGCAUUACCAUCUCUCAUCGUCCAGCUCUAGUUGCAUUUCAUGACGUGGUCUUGUCAUUGGAUGGUGAAGGAGGCUGGAGUGUUCACUACAAAAGGGAGGAUUCUUCAGUCCAUGAGGAGGAUGGAAUUAAUACACUGAAUUCUUCUGAGUCACAUCGUCAAAACGAUGCUAUGGUAGUUAAACGAGCAUUUGCCUCAAGUGGAAAGGAUUCUGCAUUCUCAAAUUCAAAGCAACAAUCUUACAUUGCUGAGGUCAUAGCUGCUUCUCCCUCUGCGGAUCAUGCUGUUUCUUUGCCAGUUUUUCCACAACUCCGUGGAGCACCAAGGAUGCUGCCAUUGAGAGUAUUUGCCAUGUUCAGAGUACUGAUUCCCACAGUGUUUGAUAAACAAGGAGCACAAUUACUUGCAGUUGCUUUGCUUGUUGUAUCAAGAACAUUGAUUUCUGAUCGUAUUGCCUCAUUAAAUGGAACCACUGUGAAAUACGUUCUGGAGCAGGAUAAGGCAGCCUUUGUUCGUUUAAUUGGUGUUAGUGUGCUUCAGAGUGCAGCAUCUUCAUUCAUUGCACCUUCUUUGAGGCACUUGACAGCGAGACUUGCUUUGGGAUGGAGAAUUCGAUUGACUAAACACUUACUGACAAAUUAUCUGAGAAAGAAUGCCUUCUACAAGGUCUUCAACAUGUCUAGUAAAAAUAUUGAUGCUGAUCAGAGAUUAACUCAUGACCUGGAAAAGUUAACAACUGAUUUGUCAGGAUUGGUUACUGGAAUGGUGAAGCCAACUGUGGACAUUCUUUGGUUUACCUGGAGGAUGAAGCUUUUAACAGGUCAGAGGGGAGUUGGUAUAUUGUAUGCAUACAUGUUACUGGGGCUAGGUUUUCUUAGAGCUGUUACCCCCGAGUUCGGUGACUUGGCUAGUCAAGAACAACAGCUUGAAGGAACCUUCAGGUUCAUGCAUGAAAGAUUACGCACACAUGCUGAAUCAGUAGCUUUCUUUGGAGGUGGUGCUCGAGAAAAAGCUAUGGUUGAAUACAAAUUCAGAGAGCUUCUUGAUCAUUCCUUGACACUUUUGAAGAAGAAGUGGAUGUUCGGUAUAUUGGAUGAUUUCAUAACAAAGCAACUUCCACACAAUGUGACUUGGGGAUUGAGCUUGCUAUAUGCCAUGGAACACAAAGGAGACAGAGCCUUAAUAUCCACUCAAGGUGAACUGGCUCAUGCAUUGCGAUUCUUGGCCUCUGUUGUAUCACAGAGCUUUUUAGCUUUUGGUGACAUUCUCGAAUUGCAUCGGAAGUUUGUUGAACUUUCUGGUGGGGUCAAUCGAAUUUUUGAACUUGAAGAGCUUCUAGAUGCUGCACAGUCCGGAGAUCCUAAUGCCAAUGCUGGAUCAUCAGCUGAAAGGAGACAUCUUUACUCUGAGGAUGCCAUUAGCUUCUCUGAAGUUGACAUUGUUACCCCUGGGCAGAAAUUGUUGGCUCGGAAAUUGACAUGUGACAUAUCACCUGGAAAAAGCCUGCUUGUUACUGGUCCAAACGGGAGUGGAAAAAGUUCUGUUUUCAGAGCUCUUAGAGGUCUUUGGCCCAUCAUGAGUGGAAGGCUCACUCAACCAUCCCAACAUGUCACUGAAGAGGUCGGGUCAGGUUGUGGUGUGUUCUAUGUUCCUCAGCGACCAUACACUUGCUUGGGAACGCUUAGGGAUCAAAUAAUAUAUCCUCUCUCACAGAGGGAAGCAGAAUUGAGGGCAUUGCAGCUCUAUGGGAAAGGUAAAGAGUCUACCGACACCAAAAACAUUCUGGACAUGCAAUUGAAAACUAUUCUAGAAAAUGUUAGAUUGAAUUAUCUUUUGGAAAGGGAGGGAAGUGGUUGGGAUGCUAAUUUGAAUUGGGAGGAUAUUCUUUCCCUUGGAGAACAACAGAGAUUAGGAAUGGCCCGCUUAUUUUUCCACAAGCCUAAAUUUGGAAUCCUCGACGAGUGUACAAACGCCACGAGUGUAGACGUUGAAGAACAUCUUUAUAGACUUGCAAAGGAGAUGGGUAUUACAGUAGUUACAUCCUCACAACGUCCCGCUUUAAUACCAUUCCACUCUGUGGAAUUGCGGCUUAUCGACGGUGAGGGUAACUGGGAAUUACGUUCAAUCAAGCAAUGAUUAGAACCGGAAUGGAUCACGCCUGUCGGGUGGGUCUACAACCAAACUAAUUUCAUGCCAAAUGAGAUGGUACAGAGUAUACGAUGAUAAGGGUAUGAGCAAAAACAAGAGCAAGCCAACCAUAAAGAGAAAAGUGAAAAAAAGAAGCCAAGUGUUUGUGUAUUAGGGUAAAUUUAAAUAAUUGAAUUAUUUUUUUCUUUUUUAUAUAUUUAUAUAUAUAGCGAGCAGCAAUGUUAUUAUGCUCGACACAUAAUUUGGGGGGCCUAUAGAAAGAGGUUUGAGCAAUAACCCAACAAUCCAAAAUAGUUUUUAAGUGUUGGGGAGUUUACUUUGAAGAAGAUGUAGCCACAAGAAGAAGCAUGUAAUUAUUUCUGUAUCAUCAAAUCAAAGUUCAUUAUGUACAGUUUUCACUACCA